UCUUUGGUUAUGUAUUGCGGUACAAAUGUAUAGUAAUAAAAAUGUUCAGGGUAGUAUAAUUUUGGUACAUACACCCAUCUGGCCAAGAGAUAUAUGGCAUAAAAAUAUGCCUGCCAUUUGCGAAUAUAAGUUCCCAUAUUAAAUCGUUUUUAUUUAUUUUUUCACAUAACAUAUAUCCAGCUUUGCUAUAAUUACGAUAAAAUUUUGAGUAUUUGUUAAGCAAUUUAUUUCAUAGAAUUAUAGUAAUAAAAAAAAACACUUAAAAUCGUUAUCAUGAGUUUAUUAGAGCAAGAUGAAAAACAACCGGAUUUAAUUCUAAGAUUGAGGGUUGAUCGACCGCUUUAUAAUCAAGAUACAUUAAAUCAAGAAUUCUAUUAUGAAAAACCAAAAUUUUCAUUGAUUAAGAGAGUGUCAAACUCAUUAGCAAAUAAAAGUUGUCAAUCAUGUAUAACUUCCAUGUUACCAGUCAUAAAAUGGUUGAAGAAGUACAAAUGGAAGGAACAUAUAAUAUCAGACAUCAUAUCAGGAAUUACGGUGGCAAUAAUGCAUAUCCCUCAGGGAAUGGCUUAUGCUUUAUUAGGAAAUGUUCCACCAGUCAUUGGCAUUUACAUGGCAUUUUUUCCAGUAUUAAUCUAUUUUUUACUUGGAACUUCUAAACAUGUUUCUAUGGGUACUUUUGCUAUUGUGUGUCUAAUGACUGGUAAAGCUGUGACUUCAUAUUCUUAUUCAACAGAUAAUUUAGGUAUCAAUAAUACUGAGAUGAUAAAUACUACUUCUACGCAGUAUUCACCGAUGCAAGUAGCUACGGCUGUAACUUUUACAGUAGGAAUAUUACAAUUAAUGAUGUUUUUUUUACGCUUGGGCAUUAUCAGCACACUACUCAGUGAAACUUUAGUAAAUGGAUUCACGACCGGAGCUGCCAUUCAUGUACUUAUGUCCCAAAUAAAAGAUCUCUUCGGUCUAAAAUUACCAAAGCAACAAAUAGAUCAUUUUAAAGUUAUUUUUACGACAAUAGAUAUAUUUUCUGUACUUAAUGAUCCUAAUUUUGCAGCUAUGAUUGUUUCUGCAGUUUCAAUAGCAAUUAUGAUAAUCAACGAUGAAUUUUUUAAGCCAUGGUUGAAAAAAAAAUGUAAUAUGCCCAUACCAAUUGAAUUAAUUGCUGUUGUUGCUGGAACUUUGAUCUCAAAUUAUUGUGAUUUACCUGGUAAAUACAAAAUUCAAACAGUUGGGGACAUUCCAACUGGACUGCCAAAACCCGAGUUACCUACUUUUCAACUUUUAUCAAUAGUUGCCGUUGAUUGCAUUGCUAUCACUAUGGUGUCUUACACAGUAACACUUUCUAUGGCUUUAAUAUUUGCCCAAAAAUUACAAUACGAUAUUGAUUCUAAUCAAGAACUUUUUGCGAUGGGCAUGAGUAAUGUAUUUGGGUCAUUCUUUUUCUGUAUGCCCGUUUCUGCAUCAUUAAGUCGGUCUUUAAUUCAACAAACAGUUGGUGGAAAAACUCAGAUAGCUAGUAUUGUUUCCUGCUCCAUUUUAUUAAUUAUUCUUCUAUGGAUCGGACCAUUUUUUGAACCUUUGCCAAGAUGUGUAUUAGCAUCAAUAAUCAUUGUUGCUUUGAAAGGCAUGCUAUUACAAGCAAAACAACUACGACGUUUUUGGAAGGUCAGCAAGUUAGAUGGGAUAACUUGGAUUGUCACUUUUUUAGUUGUUGUUUUAGUGGGAAUCGAUAUUGGACUUUUGUUUGGUUUACUUACAUCUCUGGCAAGCAUAUUAUUUCUCAGUAUAAAAUCUUACUCUUGUUUGCUCGGACAUGUGCCAAAUACUGAUUUAUACUUAGACAUAAGUAGAUACAAAGGAACAGUUGAAUUAAAGGGUAUAAAAAUAUUUCAUUAUUGUGGAGGAUUGAAUUUUGCCAAUAGAAAUAAUUUCAAGUUACGACUAUUUGAGUUAGUUAAUGUAAAUCCACAAAAAGUAUUAAAAAAAAGGAUGAAGAAACUUAAAAGUAUAACUGACGACUGUAACUAUGAUGAUGAUCUAGAGCAAAAAUUACGAUGCAUUGUUAUGGAUUUAAGUGCAUUGAGUUAUAUUGAUCCCAGUGGAAUUACAAUUUUACAUGCAAUCUCAGAUGAAUUCGCUUCAAUUAAUAUUCCUAUUUACUUAGCCGGAUGUUCAGCACCAGUUUUUGAAAGUAUUCUUAAAUGUGAUAAAUAUGCUGCUGGAAAACAUCAAUUCAUCAUUUUUGUUACAAUUCAUGACGCAGUAACUUACGCAAAAGAAAUAUUUGCUAUUAGUUGAUGAUGAUGAAAUUAAUAAUCAACGAUUAUAAAAAUAAGUUCAUGACGAUGAGAAAUCUUUACGUAAUGAAAUUAACUAAUAAAUUAUUAUAAACUUAAA